CUCUCAUCCUCCACCUACAGAUUUAUCCAAAUCUCCGCUGACUCAUGAAGAAGCGGGACUGACCUCUCACGACAGAAUCAAUGGCGAAUUCGUUAAUCUCAUCGCAGUCGUAUCUCGGAACACCUUUUCCGUCCUCCCCCAGACAUGGCAGCUUUCCGCGCCGUCGACUUCUAUCCACCCGAGUCAAACUCAGCUUCCACGAGCUCCCUCCGGUUCACUCACUCCACUCUUCUAUGGAUUUCGGAACCAUUUUUACUCGAGCAGAGAGUUUUCUGUAUACAAUUGCCGAUGCCGCCGUCUCUACUGAUGCUGUCACAGGUGGCGUGGCUUCAGAAGCCGCCGUUCCUGAGAAAAACAAUGGUUGGUUCGGAUUUAUUUCAGACUCCAUGGAGUUUGUGCUGAAGGUACUAAAGAGUGGGCUUGAUGCUGUGCAUGUUCCAUAUUCUUAUGGAUUUGCCAUUAUAUUGCUUACGGUUAUUGUAAAAGCUGCUACACUUCCGCUGACAAAGCAACAGGUUGAAUCAACAAUGGCAAUGCAAAGUCUCCAACCAAAAAUCAAAGCAAUUCAACAGAGAUAUGCUGGAAACCAGGAAAGAAUACAGCUUGAGACUUCACGCUUGUAUCGUCAGGCAGGUUUCAAUCCUCUGGCAGGAUGCUUACCAACAUUGGCUACAAUACCCGUAUGGAUAGGAUUGUAUCAAGCUUUAUCAAAUGUGGCAAACGCGGGACUGCUUACAGAAGGUUUCUUAUGGAUUCCCUCUUUGGGAGGCCCAACUACAAUAGCUGCUCGACAGAGUGGAGCUGCGAUUUCUUGGCUCUUCCCAUUCGUGGAUGGGCAUCCACCUCUAGGCUGGCAAGACACUGCAGCUUACCUUGUACUACCUAUACUCUUGGUGGUCUCUCAGUAUGUUUCAAUGGAGGUAAUGAAGCCUCCCCAGACAGAUGAUCCAACUCAAAAGAACACGCUUCUUAUCUUCAAGUUUCUUCCACUUAUGAUUGGUUACUUUUCACUGUCUGUCCCAUCUGGUUUAACAAUUUAUUGGUUCACUAAUAAUGUGUUGACCACCGCACAACAAGUAUGGUUACGCAAACUAGGCAGUGCGAAACCUGUUGUUGCUGAAAACACAAGUGGCAUUAUAAGUGCCGGGAGAGCAAAAAGAGUGGCUCCUCAACCCAUGCAACCUGGGGAUAGGCAGCUUAAUGAAGAGAGGAAAAAACCAAACAAUGCGCUAUCUGCAGAGCAGGGAGACAUACCAGUUUUGGCAUCAGAUUCAGAGAAUGAGUUAGAGGAAACCAAUUCGAAGAGUAUGGAGGUUCUUGAAGAGGUUUACACUUCUGGCAACACUAAAAAACUUCCAGACUACUCAGGGGGGCCAAGGAGGAGCAAACGAUCUAAGCGGGGGCGUACGGUAUGAAAAUGACACUACUCGCUGUCUUAUUCAAUUCUUAGUUAUAGUGGCUAUUUCACAUCACCCGUUUCUUUAUGAUGUAGCUACCGCUCAUCGCAUUUGUUUAUAAAGGGCGUAUCCUACAUCCAUGUCUUAUUUAAAAGUGUUUUUCUACUCUCCCAUCAAUCAAAUUUUCUUAAGACAUUCUAUUACGGAGUAUUUGAUAUCUCCUCCAACGAGGAAUGUCAUGCCCACUCUCACCUUGAUAUCUUUGUAAAUUGCAUCACAUCAUAUACAGUUGUGAAGGGCGAAAAUCAUAGAAAAAAAAUCACCUUGCACAUUUAAUGGAAUAUUACUCGGGGUGAAAUUUGCACGUUCAGAAUGAGAAUGCGCAUAACGUCCUUCUUCAAACUAGUUUAGUGCUUCCGUUUGUUGAGUGAGCGGAAUGCCAAUACCAAAUCAUAUAACAUUGUGUGUAGUGUAGCAUAUGCAGUACUUGUAGUAUAUGUAUUAUAUUCACGUCAAGUUCUACAAUCAGGGCUUGGUCAGACCAGGAUGUUUUUUGUGAGAGAUCUUAAUACAUUUGUUCUUUUGGAUGUUCAUCUCUUUUUCAUGUUUAUAGAUUGUCCAUUGAUGAGUCUAUUUGUGUUGGAUUGUGGAGCACGAUGUUGGACCUCGUUUGGGAACAACAUUUUUUAUAGCGCAGACUAACUAUGGAAAUGUUAAAGCUAAAUCUUGUUACAUUCCUUUGUUCAAAACGUUAAAGCUAAAUGCGAACACAAACUCUGCAAUGAAUUGGCCAGUGGUACAAGGUAGCGUCACAUCUAAGGGUGUGGGGUUAGGGACGCAGCCCUCAAGAAAUGUUUUAGAUAGUUGUGGUCGACUUUGUAACAUAAAUGAUAGGAACAAGA